AUGACAGCGCGCACUAAUAGACUUGCAUCAAAAGCCUUGCAAGCAGCCAAAUCGGCGCCCGCGCUAACACCCACUUCCGCGGCUCCCGUUGUAGCGCCAAUUCGACUGUUUGAGGAUGCAGCGGCCUGGGAGAGAUGGCUCGAAGCGAACCACGCCGACACGAUGGGAUUGUGGCUGAAGAUCAGUAAAAAAGGGUCCGCGAUCCCUUCUGUGACAUACGAAGAAGCGCUCGACACGGCCUUGUGCUUCGGUUGGAUCGACGGCCAGAAGAAGAGCCACGACGCCGACCACUUCCUCCAACGAUUCACGCCGCGGCGCAGGAACAGUAUGUGGUCCAAGCGGAACGUCGAGAAGGUCGCCGCCCUGCUCGCGGCCGGACGUAUGCGCGAGCCGGGGCUAGCCGAGGUCGAGUCCGCGAAGGCUGACGGUCGGUGGGAGAGGGCGUACUCAGCGUCGAGCGUGAUGGAGGUGCCGGCAGACCUGCAAGCGGCGCUGGAUCGCAACAAGAAGGCCAAGACUUUCUUCAAGGGGCUUGGGAAAACGAAGCAGUACUCGUUUCUCUGGCGGCUCGCAACCACCAAACGGGAGGAGACGCGGAAGAAGAAGAUCGAGCAAUUUGUGGGGCUUCUGGCUGAGGGAAAGACAUUGUAA